AGCUCCCAAGGCUCUAGCUAAAAGGUAAAUGACUGCUAAUUAGUGAAGAUUUGUGUAUAGACUUUUGUUGUUUCAAAGCUUUGGGUUUUCAUUCUGGGUUGCUUGGUUUUUAAUAUUUUGCGGGGUUUUGGUUGAUCGAGAGAGUUGGGUAUUUAGCAUAAUGGAGAAUGAAGCAAAGAAAGUGUUGCUCACUUCAAAUGGAGAUGAGAUUUCGGUGAACAUUGCUUUGCAUUUAGCCAAACGUGGUUGCAGGCAUGUGAAUAGGUUGGUUUUAAUGGGAAAUGAAUGGUGUUUGAGGAAUGUGAGAGAGAAGUUAAUGGAAUCAACAGAUGGAGUGGUCCCAAUGAAGGUGGUUGGAUUGGAUCUGGAAGCUGAAAGUGAGGGAGCUUUUGAUGAAGCAGUAGAUAAAGCAUGGAAUGUGUUUGGACAUUUAGAUGCUCUUCUCAACUGCUAUGCUUAUCAAGGGAAGAUGCAAGACCAUCUUGAAUUAGGUGAAGAAGAGUUAAAAAGGAUCAUAAAAGUAAAUUUCAUGGCUGUAUUGUUUCUACAAAAAGCUGUUGCCAAACGAAUGAGAGACCAUAAAACAGGUGGUUCCAUUGUAUUCAUGACCACAAUACUCGGUGCUGAAAGAGGACUUCAUCAAGGAGCUGCUGCAUAUGGUUCGUGUUUGGCCGCAGUGCAGCAAUUAGCUAGAUUGUCAGCUUUGGAGAAUGGGAAGCACAAGAUCAGGGUGAAUGCGAUCGCUCGUGGUUUACAGUUGGAAGAUGAAUACCCACUGUGGGUUGGAAAAGAGAGGGCAGAGAAGCGGGUGAAAGAAGCAGCGCCAUUGCACAGAUGGUUGGAUGCUAAGAACGAUCUGGCUUCAACUGUCAUCUAUCUGAUCAGCGAUGGCUCACGAUUUAUGACUGGAACAACUAUAUUCGUCGAUGGUGCUCAGUCUUUAACCAGGCCUCGUUUGCGAUCCUAUAUGUAGUUUUCUUUUUCUAGCUAAGCUGAUUCAGAAACAUGAAUCCGAAAGAUCCAACCAGCCAGGCUCAAGAACAUUAUAUUCUUUGUCAAAUCUAAUUUCAGUCCCUAUACUUUAACCAAAUUAAAGAAUUAGUCUCUUUAUUUUUUAUUUGUCACAUUUCAACCCUCUUGGUGUAUUUUUGACGUGGACAGUCAUUCCAAAUUGUUAACAUUGUAUAAAAUUAUCGUUAGUGUGUUGAUUGGUU